CGUGUAAGUUCCGAACACAAAAAAUAGCAUAAAAGCCUACUAGAACAGAAGACACGAAGAAAACACCCCUCAGAUAGAGAGAGAGAGAGAGAGCCUCAAAACAGACUCAGAGCAAUCAUAGAAUUGCAGUAGGAGGAAGAGGCUCUACAGCAGACAAAGAAGAAUCCAGAAUCUGCUUUAUCUAAUCUAUCUAUCUAUCCCUCCCCCCCAUUCAUUCUUGUUCUCUCUUAUCACAGAGAGAGAGAGAGAGAGAGAGAGACAGAGAGAGAUAGAGAGAUCUCCUUUGUCAUCCUACAUUGCCCACUUUGUAGUGGACAAGGGUUUCGUUGGAUCGUAACUGGGGACUCCUUCAAUUCUGCUCCUGUGGACUAAUUAGGGUUUGAUCAGACUUCAGAUUUGGGGGACCUAGUGAUUGCUUGCCCGCAUGAGCUCGAUCUUUCCCGGAAAUGGAAUUGUGGAUUUGGCGCUGUUGGGUUGAGCAUAUGAACUCUCAGAUUGCCUAAAGAGUUAUGGGAACCAUUGUUUUUCUGAGCAUGGAACAAGAUUGCAUAUUACAUGAGUGAUCACAGACUUGCCGAAUCCGUAUUCCAGAGGACAAGGAUUUCUGGGUUUUUGCUGUUUAAGACCAGCUUGAUCUUCAGCUGGGGAUGAAUUUGGUAGCUUUUGUUUCUCAACAAGUCGUUCGGGUUAACUUAGUUUGAGCAAGAUUCUUGGCCGGAAGAGGUUUUGUUGGACCUGUUAAUUUUAUCGAGGUUUUUGUUGGUUUUUAGUUCGGUGUAGCUUUGCAGUUUUUUGGUUGAGUUGAUUCUUUUGAUGAGCCUUGGUUGAUUUUGAUAGUAUCUGCUUUUAUACCCCAACUUGAAAAGGAUCCAAAGGCUUGGUUUCAGUGUGUAUUGGAUUGCUGAAAGAAGCUUAUGGAGGAAUUCUGAUCUGGGUAUGAAUGUGGGGGCAUGGUGCAUGGACAGGAGCAUAGUUGCUGGUUCGUUCCCUCUCUGGAACAGUGCUACACGAACAUAAUUCUGGAACUUUCUUCUCGGGAAGGCACUGGUUUCUUGUAUUGUGUGAGUUUGUGCAAUGUCGCGCUGCUUUCCAUUUCCACCACCAGGAUAUGAGAAAAAAGCUAGGACAGAUGAUGUGGACGUGCUAAAAAAGGAGAAGCAGAGAGAAAAGAAGCAUAAAAAGGAUAAGAAGGACAAAGAAAAAAGAGAAAAAGAGAAAAGUGAGAAAGAUAGAAGUGAUGGAAAACAUCGGGAAAAGAAAGACAAGAAGGAAAAGAACAGAGACAAAAAGAAGGAUAAGGAGAAAGACACAGACAAAGUUAAAGAUAAACUUGGUACUUCAGAUGGAACUAGAAUUCCAGGUAAAACUGAGAAUCAUGUUGCAGAGAAACUCGUUCAUAAAGAUGACAGAGACAAGAGAGAUGCUAGCCAAGUUGGAGGUUACCAGCCAGAAAAGCUUGGUCAGAACAGUCACCUGCCUGCGGAGAACAGGAAUUCUGUAUCGGUGGAGGUGGCUAGGAAGACUAAGGAUGAGGCCAGAGGAAUUGGAAACCAGUUGGUUGAGAAGAUUACUGGUUCAGACCGCAAAAAAGAUGAGGGGAUGGUCAGAUUGGUGGCCAAGGGAACUGGCAUUUUGGCUGAAGUUAAGGAAACUAGCAAGGACAAGAGAGCUGAUAUCCGAAAGCCUGAUGGGCAAGAAGUCAGAGUUGCAACACGGGUUAGUGGAAGUGCAAUGGUGCAGAACCCUGGCGGAAUGGUUCAACCCAAAGUUCAAGGAUUUCCCAAACCACUGGAGAGCAAUGUUGAAAGAAAGACUGAUGGAAAAGAAAAGACCAAAGAGAAGGAAGGUGAUGAUAAAAGAGGGGAAAAGCGCAAGGAUAAAGAUAGAGAGAAGAAAACCCAGGGGAGAGAUAAGGAUAGAGAUAAAGAGAAGAAGAAGGAGGAGAAAGCAAAAAAGAAAAAUGCGUCAAAGACUGCAGAGCCAGAUAAAGAGAAGAAAAAGGAAGACAAAGCAAAUGAGAAAAAUGGUUCUAAGCAUGCAGAACCAGACAAAUCUAAAGAGACCAAUAAAGAGGUUUGUAUUGAUUCCCAGUACAGAAAACCCUCCCAACUUCCGAAGGACACCUACAAAUCUGCUGAUGCGGAGGCGAACCUUAAGAAACGAAAGGACUUGCAGACAAAUGGAGUUUUGCAUGCCAAUGAAAUUAGGCCCAAUAAAUUGCUGAGACCCUCUUCUUCCUCUCAUCCAUUGACGGAAAAUGGAAGGACACUGGAGCCUUGCCAAACGUCCAUCCCAUUUGUUUCAGAUAAGCAGGGAGGAGCCAAUAGUGUUAAAGUGGAGAGUAAGGAACGUAAGAAGAAUGGCAUUAUUGAAGCUAGAUCGUCAUCUGUCUCCCCUGCAAAGCCUACUUCUAUAGCUGCACAAGCUGAUCCAUUUGCUGAAGCAUCUAUGAGACCGCCCCAUCCAGAUUCCAGAUAUCUAAGUGAGGUUUAUAUGGUUCCAAAAAUGGACAAAUUGUCUGAUGACGAUCAAGACUGGUUGUUUGGUUGCAGCGAUACCAAAUCAAAGAAGCCUAAGAUGGAAUCUUCACCGGAUGAGGAGACGGCAGAAGUGUGGUCAGAAGCUCUGCGGAUAGAGUCAGCUGAUGUUUGUGCUUUGCCAUAUGUCAUUCCAUAUUGAUUGGUUUCUAAUGGGCAUGCUUCACCUCCUAACUCCGUUGUCAGCAAUUUUCUGCUAGAAUGGCAUCCGGUGCUUGGUCAUGGAUGUUUUGAUCUGUCUACCUGCAUUCGCCUUUGAUUGGCGGUUGCGCAGGGAGUAGGACCGAUGGCCUUGUUCUCAAACUGUCUUAAAUUGCUAAGGUAUCCGUCACACCAGGCAAAUGCUCCGGGACCAGGAGAGGGCUAUUUGGAUUUGAAGGGAGGUUUUCCCCACACAGCAGUACACCACUAAUUCAUUCAAAAUGGAAGUUUUCAUAAGCGCGACAAGUGAAGGUUGCGUAGGAAGGGGGAUAUAUAGGUUGUGCGAUUUUUGUUUUUGAUUCGCUUAGGAGCUGCCAAGCUCUUUCUAAUUGAGAAUUUAAGAGAAACUAGAUGUGGUCUUUGCAACUCCACCACAGUUUUGAUUUGUAACAUAGAACUCUUAUUUACAAGAAAUGUAAGAUAGAGGAAAAGUAUAGUAGUUGCAUUCAUCCAUUGAUCUCUCAUGGUUGUUGUUCACAACCCAGAUAUACAAAUUCGCUUUGCUUCCA